AUGUCCGGUUCCCUUCCGCCAGUAAGUGGCCUGGUGUCCUUGGAAUUGAGUCGACUCAAUGCUCGGACCUCCACCAGCGCAUCGUCAACCCCCGGGGAUUCCAAUGAUCCGGAUGACCGGGGCCUGAACUAUGGCCCAGGGGUGUUUGCCUCGCCGGUAGACCGGCGCGUAUGGCGCGUGGAUGCCCAUCGGCACCCGUUGUCAACACGAACCGUGGUUGGGCAUCUGGACUCAUUGCUCCAGGUGGCCCAGGCACAGGAGGAGGCUCUUUUGACCACGGCAGCCGACGCUUCGGAUCCCGCUGCAGCCCUAGAAGCCCGUGUGGAUGGCACCGUCGUGUCGGUCCUGAGGCUGCACCCUCACACGCUGCACCGGCUCCUGUCUUCGGGAUCGGCUUGGCGAUCAAGCAUCUGGGGGGUCAGUGCUCGGGCGCACGGCGGAGCCGGGGCUGGUGGUGGUGCCUCUUUCUACACGGCGACCGAUGUAUCGGAGGCAUCCAUGCGCAAUCUCUUCCGGGCCAUGGUGGCCCGAGCGAAGCUGAUCCACGAAACGGCUCGGCGGAACUUGGCAUCCAUUUUCUCCUCCUUCUUCUGGCCGGUCGCCUACAUGCUGUCCUUCCUGUCGCGGUCCUCGACUCCGGUGGACUUGAACCCGGUGCUACCGCCGAUUGCCCCGCUGGUUGAGCGGUCCCUUCGCGCACGUGCCAAUGCCCUGUCGGUGGAUGUGUCCUUCUUCGUGGUGGCCGAGCGGUACCGUCUGGAUGCGGCCAGCGAUCGAGUCACCGAGGAUAGCACCUUCGUUCGCCGGGGGAUCCUCGGUCGGCGGUUGUUUGUGCAUGCGCGUGUGGCUGCCCUUGAUACAGCCGAUGUCCACUUUGACCCGGAGGACAUGACUCAGAAGUUCAUUUUGGCGAUCAGCUCGCCGGCCGGGUCGGCCGAUGCACAGGCCUUCAUCGAUGCCUACCCUGGGGCCGUUCUAACGGCCGACAUCUUCCACGUGGACGGAGAGCCGGUGGACUUCGUGGCGUACCCCUAUGCCCCGGGGGAGGUGCCGGUCUGUCAUGCUUGUGGCCUGGACGAGACCCUGGCCGGGGAUGCGUGGUCGACGCUGCUCGGGCCGGAGGCCCUGCGUAUGCAGCGUGCCCGGCUCCGAGCUGCCAAGCAUCUGCGUUCCCGGGCACCGGUGCCAGUGCCGGAGGAUGGGUGGGUUCUCGGGGCCGCGCAACGCAUGCCCGCCUCCGGGGCGGAUGCCUUUUAUGCCCGGUGGGAUGACCUCAUCGCCGGAGGAGCCGAGCCCGCCCGGCUGGUGGAGCGCCUGACAGCGGUUCAUACGGCUCGACUUGCUGGUCGCGGGGGGCUCGAAGUCCUGCGCCAGCCUGGGUCCAGUCGGCCACAAACUCGCCAUCUGCUGGACUUGCCAACUGGCGAUGCCGGCCUUCCGGGCAUGGUGUCCCCCUGCCCCGGGGGCACUGCCGAUAUGUGCCUCGGUGCCGGGCCCUCUGAGGAGGGCCCCGAUGCCGAGCGCAUGGCCGGGCACUUCCUCGACCAAUUGCAGUCCUUCCGUGACACGGCCGAACGCCUGUCCAAUGAGGUGGAUCGUCCGACCCCUCGGUCGUCCGGGCGCCCGGCGGUCAUGCAGGGCUCCUCGGCGGCCACUGGCGACUCGACGGCAAGGGUGUCCCCUCGACCGGGAGAUGCUGCUGCCCAAGAGGCGGCGGAGGAGGAGGACGACGACGAUGUCGAUGUUCAGAUGGACAUUGAUGGCCAUGUGUCGCAUCCUGAGACGGCCGAGCUUGAGGCCUCCCUUUCCCUGCUGGAGCUGCUGGAGUCCUUCCGGGAGCUGCGCGAGGAGGCGGCUCGGCUAAGCCACACUCGACUAUAUGGCGGUGCUCCGGCCUCCGGGGCUCGGGCGGCGGCGGCGGCGGCGGCAGCCGCGGCGGCGGCUACUGCAACAGCAGCGACAUCGGCGACGGGUGCCACGACGGCCACAAACUCCUCGACAAGCCCAUUGCCCGGGGCUGGAGGCUCCUCGAGCUCGGGCCCCCGGCCAGCUGCCUCGCAUGGGACAACGCCUCUUCGUCGCGCAGCCGACAUUGUUGUGGAUAUCAGCUCGGCGCGGUCGUUCGUCUACUCGCUGAGGGCAUGGGCUGCCGCGGCUCCGGUUGCCUCGCUGCAAAUGGUGGCCGUGCAGGUUGAUGAGUGCUUCCCGGCGGACUCGCCGCUCUUCGCGGCGGCUGGACUGGCAGCAGCGGCCCAAGCCUCCGUGGCCGCCGAGGCGACCGCCAAUGGCACCCAUCCCUCCUCUCCCCUCGAGCGAGGUAGUGACCCGGCCACGAUGGCGGAAUUUUCGCGCCUGGCCGCCGAACACGCGGCGGCCAUUGCUCUGGCUGACAAUCGGCCCUACUGCCGGGCACUAUCCCUGACGCCGACGCACUGCAGCUUGACCCAGCUGCCGGAGGUUCCGGUGCUGGUGCUGCUGGUGCAGCUGUUCUACCUGAUUUUGGUGCUCUUCUCGAUUGGAGCUGUGGUGAUGGCCGUGCUGCUGGCGUCCAUGGGUGUGGCAUACAUCGGUCAUCUGCUUACAUCGCUCAUGGCACCGGCCUACACGGGGCUCUUCCCGGUGGGCUACCCCACGGUGCCGGGCUGGCCGCGGUGGCUUGUCGUUCGACGGGUGUUUGUUGGCAUUCCCCUGGCUUUCGUCAGCUUUUCACGUUCCGGGACCGGAGCCGGAGCCGGAGCCGGAGCCGGAGCCGACCGCGGGCAGGCUGGCGAAUCACCGGCUGCCGCGGCUCCGGUUGCCGCCGAUGCCGGUCCGGACGAAGUGACUACUGCUGCGGCAGCCGAGUAG